AUGUCGGAUGCAGUUAGGGCUCUUUUGAGAGUUGAUAGUCUAAAAAUUACAUUUCUUGUUGAUAAUUCUAUCGAGUGGUUCACAAAGCUACCUCCAGGGUUCUCCUCAGAGUUAUCUCAACACUUGACAAAGCAUUCUCCUCCUGUCGACAAAGUAACAGGUGUUCCAUUUGUUGACCUAGAAAACUAUUGUUGUGGUGCACAUGGAUUCGCAGCUCUGAUUGAAACUCAAGUCGAGGGUUCGGAACCGCAUACAGUCCUCUUCGACACUGGCCCAGACUCCAAAUCUCUCAUCCGGAAUAUCGAGUCCAUGAAAGUUCCUGUAAACCAAAUCGAACGCAUAAUUCUCUCUCACUGGCACGGAGAUCAUAGUGGGGGUCUCCUCUCAUUCUUGCGUUAUCGCAACGAAAAGGCCAAAACUACCUCGAACACUAUCCCGAUCUCGGUAGAUUUACAUCCGGAUAGACCAGUUGCACGAGGUAUCGCUCCUCCACCUGGUGAUAAAGUCGUUGGUAGACUACCGGAAGAACCAACUUUCGAUGAAAUUGACGCAUUAGGAGCUGAGGUCGACUUGCAUGCUGAGCCCCAUGUGGUUGCGGGCAACACGCUAUAUGUGAGCGGAGAGAUACCGCGCGUUACGGAAUUUGAACAAGGUCUUAUCGGUGGGAUGCGAUGGGUCCGGUCUGGGAGUGGUGAAGGAGCUUGGACUGAGGAGCCACACAUCAUGGAUGAACGAUACGCAGCGAUUGACGUCCUCGGAAAGGGCCUUGUCAUUUUCAGCGCGUGCUCGCACGCGGGUAUAGUAAACGUCGUUGCCGACGCCGUCAAGACAUUCCGCAGGCCAAUCCAUAUGAUAAUCGGCGGGCUACACCUCGGCGGUCCCGAACUCGCAUCACGCAUCCCGCCCACGGUGAACUUCCUCUCGCAACGUCUCCGCCCAGUACCCACCUAUAUCCUCCCUAUGCAUUGUUCCGGGUUCGCUGCAAAGAUUGCCCUGGAAGCUGCAUUCGGCGAAGGAUGUGUGCCUGCUGGUGUGGGUAUCAGCAUAUUUGUCAAAGGAGAUGCUGAAAUGGACCAGCGGCUGUUCCCUCCUGUUAUCGUUUGAAAGAGGAGUUUAGGGCUGUGAACGCCUCAAAA